GGAUGAGAGUCAGAGUUGAUCUGUUCAUUGUUGAUCAGAAGAAAGUCCAAGAAGCGAAAAAAUGGCGGAGCACCUGGCGUCGAUAUUUGGGACGGAGAAGGACAGGGUGAACUGCCCGUUCUACUUCAAGAUCGGGGCGUGCAGGCACGGGGACAGGUGCUCGCGGCUGCACACGAAGCCGACGAUCAGCCCCACGCUGUGCCUCUCCAACAUGUACCAGCGGCCGGACAUGCUCACUCCCCAGGCUCAGCCCAACCCCAACCUCGACCCGACCCACAUCCAGGAGCACUUCGAAGACUUCUACCAGGACCUCUUCGACGAGCUCUCCAAGUACGGCCACAUCGAGAGCCUCAACAUCUGCGACAACCUCGCGGACCACAUGGUGGGUAAUGUGUACGUACAGUUCAGAGAGGAAGAAGACGCUGCGAAUGCGCUUCGGAAUCUGACCGGAAGGUUUUACUCAGGGCGUCCCAUCAUUGUUGACUUCUCUCCAGUCACAGAUUUUCGUGAAGCUACAUGUAGACAGUAUGAGGAAAACGUAUGCAAUCGAGGUGGCUACUGCAACUUCAUGCAUCUGAAAAAGAUAAGCAAGGAGUUGAGGAGGAAAUUGUUUGGGAGAAACCGACGAAGGCGUAGCCGCAGUCGAAGCAGGAGUCGCAGUCCUGUUAGGUUUCGUGGUUAUGAGGAUCAUUCACGUGGUGGUGGUGGUGGUGGUCGUGGUUUUGGUAGAGGUGGUGGUCGUGGUUAUGGUAGAAGGGAUGAUGACAGAGAUUUCCGCUACCAUGAUAGGGGUAGGAGGCCUAGAAGCCGCAGUCCUGGACGUAGAGCAGAGCGAAGUAGAAGCCCUGGGGGAAGGAGGAAUAGGAGUCCGGUCAGGGAAAGUAGUGCCGAAAGAAGGGCUAAGAUUGAGCAAUGGAAUAGGGAAAAGGAACAGGGGGACUCUGGUCUCAAGAAUAAUGAGGGAAACUUUGAUGAUGAUGGGAAUGGCUUUGCAGUGAACAGUGAUGAGUAUGAGGACCCUGAGCAGCAGCAGCAGCAGCAGCAUGGUCGAUACAGUAACUAGAGCAAUCGGACUUUUCUGGUGGAGUACAGGUUCUCUGUCAUGUGUUAUUGAAAUUAAAAUUCUAUUUUUAAAAUUUAUUCUCCCCCCUUCUAGGAUGAAAAGCAAAAAGAACUGAAUGGGUAAAAAAAAACAAAAAAACAAAAAAAAACUAUAGAACUACAAUUUGGUGCUGCAAUGCAUGUAUACGCUUUAAAUUUCACUUCCAAUCUUAAUCAGGUAAUUGCAUUCAUUUUCUUUCUAGUCAUGUGCUCUUUUCAUUGUUCUCAAGUUGAAUAGCAGUUUAUACAUAUUUGUGUAAUUGCAAAGUGAUUUCCCCACAGGUUUCAAAUCAUUUUUUCCCACUUGAAAAAUCAUUUGCUAUAUCAGUAUUUAUUUAUGCAAAGGAAAAACUUUUGUUGCCCAGUGUUUUAUUGUCAAAAUGAGGGAGAGCUUAUAUAAAUUGAAAUAGUUUCUGGAGCAAAGUGGAAGGCACUUUUGAAGCACUAUUUCUUUCACCCACCUGCAUACGGAUUUCUUUUGUUCUGUUUUGUUGGAACAUAUUUAACUCUUUAAAGAGAAAAUUUCAGCAGUUCAAAUCACAUGAUGUUCAGAUUUUUCUACUUUAUGGCUCAAAAUUAAGUAUGUUAUCAAUGUUGAGAUGAGAUGCUUUUUAACCCACCUAGGUUCCACAUGCCAACCAAAAACCAAACGGGGAUUGAGGUAUUGAAUCUUCGUCCACCCAAUUUUGCUGUGAAAGUUGUGAUCUUACCUACUUUAUAAGUUUUGCAGGUUCAGGUGUUCCUGCUUCCCAGGAUCGCGCCUCGAUUUUCAGGCAGCUUACUUUGAUAUUUGUAUACAGGUUGGCUGUCAUUGUCUGCGGAGCAUGUGUGUAGGAUCUGAUGUGUAUGUUGUGAAAGCUUGGCCGAAUCCCCUGGAGCUUCUCAAGGGAGAACAGAUUUAGUUAAUAUAGGACUUUAGAAGCAGCAGGGAUUUUAAUUUCAAGUUUGGAAUAUCCAUCUGGCAUAAUGGUUUGGUUGUUCGAAUAUAUUGUUGAACUCUUCUACUUGACACUAUGUUGUUAACCAUAAGUAUUAGUUUGCCAAUUUGAGUUUUCUGUUAAAUUU